CCAGCCCGGCCGCCACAGGCUUCUCGCCGAUGCCGCCGCCAUCUUGGAAGCGGGCAGCAGCGCGAUUACGUCACGACGCCGGGACGCGGCUGUGACGGCGUCAGACCGGGACGAGACGAGACGAGGCGAGGCGACCUGGGGUGAGGUUUGCUGCUACUGUGGACAUGGGGGAAUAUGGAGUCACACCAGGCCAGCGCGUGGCCAUCAUCUGGGACAGCUCUUCACCCGUGGAAGCCCUUAAGGAGUUGGUGGAUAAAAUUCAGGCAUUGGUGGGAGCUGAUAAUCGUGUCUCUGUGGAGAACGUCAACCAGCUGUCUCAGUCUGCUCACAAGGAGUCCAGUUUUGAUGUGAUUUUCUCUGGCAUGGUACCAGGCAGUACAGCUCAGCACAGUGUGGAGGUGCUGGCAGAAAUAGCUCGGAUACUGAAGCCAGGGGGCUGUGUCCUCCUGAAAGAACUGGUGGUUACGGAGUCAGGAAACAACAGCAGAAUCAAGACAGCAGCCAAACUCCUCACAGCUCUGACUCUCUCUGGGUUGGUGGAAGUGAAGGAGCUGCAAAAGGAAGCAUUGACCCCAGAGGAGGCUCAGUCAGUCCAAGAGCAUUUGGGUUACCAAGGCAAUGAUCUUCUCAUUGUUCAGAUAGAAGGCAAGAAGCCCAAUUUUGAAGUGGGAUCCUCAAGUCACCUCAAACUUUCCUUUGCCAAGAAACCUGGUGCUUCAGGAAAACCCUCUGUGGACCCAGCCACUGCCAAGCUGUGGACGCUCUCUGCCAGCGAUAUGAAUGAUGAAGAGAUGGAUCUUUUGGACUCUGAUGAGCUGUUGGAUUCAGAGGAUUUGAAAAAGCCAGAUCCAUCGUCCCUCAGAGCUCCGUCCUGCAAAGAAAUGGGCAAGAAGAAAGCCUGCAAGAACUGCACGUGUGGCUUAGCUGAAGAACUGGAACAGGAGAAAAAGAGCUCACAGCCCAAAUCUGCCUGUGGAAAUUGCUACCUGGGGGAUGCGUUCCGCUGUGCCAGCUGCCCUUACCUGGGGAUGCCAGCCUUCAAGCCUGGGGAGAAGAUCCUCCUGAAAGAGAACCAGCUGCAUGAUGCCUAACCAAGACAUCUCUGGAUGUCCCAUGAAGGACUCCUCUGCAUUUUCAUCAGUCUGAGGUUCUUCCUGCAGUCCUCCUCAUCCUCUCAAAUUCAUGCUCUCCAGCCAAUAUUUCUUGUGGGAAGGACACUGUAGGCACUGACACUGCUGUAAGCUCAUCACUUGUAAUCAGCCUUGGGAUACCUUGAUAAUCUUCAGUGACAAGUGGUCUCAUAUGUAUUAGACUUCAGCAUGUUAUCCUUUGUUUUAGCUGGCUCAACUUGAUACUGGGACACUGACCAUCACAGCAUAUCCCACCAGCAGACAGAAGUAGAGUCAAGUGUCAGGUUGACCUUGUGUGUGUGUGGCAGGACUCUACUUCUCCAUGCCUAUGUUGUACAGCUUUAAUUUGUCCUGAUUUUCCCUGGUGCAUCAGCAGUUCUGGCUCACUCUCAGGGAGACACUGGGCUCCUGCUCUCUUUGAAAUGUCACAAGCCAGGAGCAGGGAGUGCAUUCAGCAGCACGCCCUGCUAAAUUGUGCUCUGAGCAGCCUGUGUGAACUCCUUGGUGAAGUCUGGCAGGCAUGAUGAAUUUCAAAGUGUUUUGGGAGCUUGACCCCACCUAUUUCCAUCAAAAUGACAAAGGUUCAGUCCCACUGAGAAAACUCUGGCUCUUAAGGCAGGGAACAGAUAAAACAACAUCUGCCUGUCCUCCCACACCCUUCUGUCCAGCUAAACUGAUAACACAAGGGCAAUGUGAGCCUGCUGCCUCUCUCUGUGGCUACCAAGUCAGUUACCUGCAGUGUCCAAUAGGUAAGAACACAGCAGUAAUUAACUUCUAGACCAUCUGCUCCCACACAGCAAGAUACUGAGGACUCUAUUUAAUAAUUUGUGUGAUCAGUGAAGCACCCAUGAGGUGCAGGGUGAGGAGCUGCUCGUUCUGGGCUGCUCACCCAGGGCGAGAGAAGAGGAAAACCCAGUGCUGGUGUCUCUGGGGGAUUGCUUUGUUGGGAGCUCUUGCUCUACAGGAUGCGAGUGCUUCUUGGUGCUACCUGAAUUACACACUGAACUCGAGGGGAGCUGGGAUGAAAGGCUAUGCUGUUCUUGAAAUAAAAGUGACUGA